AUGCCAGAAAUGACAAUAACCGACAUUACUGCAGAUAGACAAAGAUUAAUAUACUCUGGUAAAGUGUUAAAAGAUGAUGAUACACUUGAAACCUGUAAAAUUGCUGAGGGACACACAGUUCACAUGGUGAGAAGUUUAGCUCGUGAUACUACCAAUAACCAAUCAACACAUGAUCAAAAUAAUAUACCUCCAUUUGGUGCAACACUAGGUGGGGGGAAUUUUGGUACUAAUACUAAUAAUUCAUUUAGUGGUGGUGGUAAUAAUAGUAUACCAAACUGGAAUCAGACGGAAAAUAUUCUUAAUAACUCUGCUUUAAUGCAGUACAUUGUACAAUUAAUGCAAGAUCCUCAAUUCACAGAUAAUGUAAUUGCUAUGAAUCCACAACUUGCAAGCAUGGCACCUCAACUUAGGCAGGUAACACAAGAUCCUGAAUUUCAUUCUUUAUUAUCAAAUCCAGAAUCAAUUCGUCGUACAGCAACUUUAAGUUCAUUAAUGGGUAACCCUGGAAGUUAUGGUCCAAGUAUGCUUCCUACAAAUCCUUCCACAAUGAAUCCUACAACUGACACAACAAAUACACCAUCGACCAAUAAUAAUGAUAAUAACGUUCCACCACAAACAACUAUCCCACAACAACCCGAAGAAAGAUUUCAAGUUCAAUUACAACAAUUGAACGAUAUGGGUUUUUGGGAUGCACAGAAAAAUAUUCGCGCAUUAUUAGCUUCUGGUGGAAAUAGUAUUAAAGAGAUCCAUGAAAACUGGGGCGAUUAUAGCAAAGAAUGA